AGUGUUCUGUGUCUUAGGCUAUGGAGUGGGUUAGUGAAGCGCGAUAGUAAUCACUUGCUGCAGAACGUGCGAGAUACGUAUGUUUACAUUUCAUAAUGUAGGCGCUGCAUUACAAUUUUAAACAGCUUUACAAAAAAAUUUUACAUAGCAAAUUCAUUAUCUUUUGAGCAACAGACACAAAGAUGGACACUGUAAGGAGAAUGAAACUACAGACCUUGCGAGAGAAGAUUGUGCAAGAUGUAGAUGUGGACUACAUUUUUGAUUAUCUUAUUUCUAAAGGCGUCCUUUCUGAGGAUGAAAUGGAACGUGUAAAAGGAGAGAAAACUCGUAAAGAUAAAGCACGCCACUUAUUGGACCUUUUACCUAAGAAGAAUAUCGAAGCAUUUGAACACUUUGUUGAAGCUCUUAAGGUUUCCUACCCAUGGCUCAGUCAACAGUUAGAGGCAGACAGUCCACAGUCAUACCAAAUUGAAGAGAAAAGUUUCUUUGACACUUUGCUGUUAGGAGGUUUGCCCCAGUCACCUCCACAUAAUGUUGAGAGAAUUGAAAAGAUAAAAGAAGUGCGGCAGCAUUUGCAGUCUCUCAAGAGGGGGCGUUAUGUUGUACUUCAUGGGAUGACAGGUUCAGGAAAAUCAUGUCUUGCUGCUGCAGCACUUGAUAACAAACAGCUUAUUAUUGAGAAAUUUAAAGGUGCUGUCUACUGGAUUGGUGUCGGUGAUAUCAGUUCAAACAGUUCAGCUGACCUUGUGUGCCAUAUGACAGAUCUGAUGGAGAAAUUAAGUCACCAUCCUGAGGUUGAUUUAGAGAGCCAGGUUCAGUCAAGUACAAGUAUUAAUGGAGCAAGGGAAAGUUUACGGCGAUAUUUUACAAGUCAUUCUCUACGUGAAGGACUUCUUGUACUUGAUGAUGUUUCUUCUCCUGAAGUCAUUGCAGCAUUUGAUAUAGGAUGCAAGAUCUUAGUGACAACAAAAGAUAGGAAGGUCAUGAAUAAUGUUGAAGGAAGACAUGAUCUGGUUAAGAUUAGUGAGGGCUUUAUGGAGCACGAGUCAUUGUGUUUAAUAGCAAAAUGUGUUGGAGUUGAAGUGUCUCAGCUGCCUUCCCAAGCCAAGAACAUUCAUCGGUUAUGUCAGGGGGUUCCCAUGGUGAUUGCAUUAAUUGGAGCACAAUUAGCAGAAAAUAGAGAUGAUGUUCUGCGCAAUUCUGGACGAUGGGAUUAUUACCUUGAUAAGCUAGUGAGGCGUGAUUAUGGAAAUUUAAAUAAAAGUAGUGUUUCUCAAGAGAAUGGCAUAGCAGGUGCAAUUGGACUUUGUAUAGAAAACUUGCCAGAAGAAAUGAAAUGCUACUAUCAGGACUUUGCUCUCUUUGUUGAGGAUGUGAAUAUCAAACCAGAGGUGCUGGGAACUCUUUGGUCACGAAAUAAAUAUGAAGUAGAAGAUAUAAUGAGUGAGUUUAUUAAGAAAUCGCUUGCAGUGUCCAAAUGGAAUGAGCUUUUAAUAUUUAUGUAUAUGGGAUACAUGACUUACUUUUAUACUACCGACCUGCAUAAGAAACUUCUGGAGUCUUACAGAUCUAUUUCUGGUGUAAACUUUUCAAAUCUUCCAAAUGACAACUACAUCUACUCUUACAUUGGCUACCAUUUGCAUGAAGCUCAGAUGUGGUCUGAAUUUCCAAAGCUGUACCUGGAUCUUGAGUUUAUUGGUGCUAAAUUGAAAGUUACAGGUCCAGGAGAUAUUUUAGUGGAUUUCAAGAAGUACAGUGCAUUCAUUGUUGGAGAUGAUGAACAUCUCACAUCGGUGCUACAAGACUUUGAACAGCGGCUUAGAUUUACACGAGUACCAACAUACAGAUAUUGUUCAGUGUGGAUUGCAGGAACAAGAAUUUGCUCAUAUCUCUACACUUUCCCAGGCCAUAGACAAAGAAUCCUGCGCCUGGAGUUGUCUCCAGAUGGAACACUAUUUUUGUCUUGCUCUGAAGAUGCUACUGUAAAAUUGUGGAAACUGGAUGGUGCAAUAUGUAAGAACAAAGAUCAAGAAGAAUUUGAUGAGCAUGGUUGUGCUCUGAAGACUCCAUCUCCUCGUAUAAGGCAGGACAGUUGGAGUAAUAUGUUUUGCAGUGAUACUGGUGGUGACAGAAGUUACUUAACAUUCAGUGGUCAUCAGAGUGCCAUACUGUAUGCCACAUUCUCCAGUGCUGGUGAUGAGGUGGUGUCAUGUUCUAGUGAUGGCUGUGUUAAGGUUUGGUACUGUGAGACUGGAAUUGUAAGACUGACAUUUCAAGUUCCUUCUCCAGGAAGAUUUGCAAAUAGCUGCAUAUUUUCUGAUGAUUGCUCAUUGAUAUUAUUUGGUGGUGACGAUGAGUUCGUUUAUGCUUAUGACAAUAAUACUGGUCUUUCUGUAACAAGUUUCAAAACUUGUGGUUGUAUCAUUGCUCUUUUGAGUAUUGCAGAUAAUGAAAUAGCUGUGGUAACAAAUAAUUCUGUUGGCCUUUUGAAGUGGGAAAGUGGAACUGAGCCGGACUCAAUUAUUAAUGCUCAAGUUUUAUGUAAGAACAGCUCACCUGAUCUGACUCAAAGGAAUAGAAAAGCUCUCUCUACAUUAGAACAAUCUGUAACAAUGGACAAUAUCAAAUAUCAGGAAUUUGGACAUUCUACAUGUACAAGUUAUACAUGUGCCGCUAUGUCUCAGGACCUUCAGUUCAUCAUUGUGGGAGCUUCUGAUUGCAGCAUCAGUAUCUGGAGUGUUGAAGAAGGCACACUGGUAAAGGACUAUCAGAAUCAUAAUGGGCAGGUUAGGUGUUUGGACACAUUCUGUGUAGGCAACUGCCAGCUGUUUCUCUCUGGUUUAGAUGACAAUACAAUAAAAAUAUGGCUUAUUGAACUAACAGAAACAGAACAAAAAUCUAAACUGCAGCAAAACUUUGAUGUACUCUGGGACAGAAAUUCCUCAGAUCCAUGUAUACAUCUCCUAGCAGCUCCAGAUAAUAACAAUAAAGUGCAGUUGCUACAAGGAAGAAGUAUUGUGACUGAAACUGACCCUGAAAAAGGGAAGGUCAAAUCAUGUAAGCUUUCUGAUUGUGGUCAGUUUCUGCUGUAUGGCUGCUGUGAUGGAUCAGUAAAGAUGUUUGAAAUCAAGAGCAAAUCCACAUCUGUCAUAAUUAAAUUAAGUGGUGCUGUGCAUUACCUUCAAGUCAGCAGUAAUAGUUGUAGUAGUACCAAUAGUCUCACUGUCAUAGCUGGAGGUGAAGACAGCAGUUUAAAGAUAUGGAGAGGAAAACCUAAUACAAUGGGCUUAGUAAUAACAUGUGCUGGACAGACUGAUGUAGUGGUCCAGUGCUUUAUCAUGAGCAUGGGUCAAAAGUUGCUGUCCUGUGCACAGGAUGGGAGCGUUAAGAUAUGGGACAUUCUGACAGGACGUCUAAUCGAUGUCCUUGUGGGGCGCUAUACUGAUGUUCAUGUCACCAUGGCAGAUUUGUCAUCAAAUGAGGAUUUGCUCGUUCUCUGUGGUGCCAGUGGAAGUUUUCUUUUGAUACGUUUUACAGUGUUGCCAGAUGAACCAUAUGUGAAAGUCCAAGGCAAUUAUAAUUACCAACUUCGAGACUCUCUUCGUAGCUGUAAAUUGUCACAUGAUGCAUGUUUACUAGCCUUGGGUCAAGAUACUGGCAACAUUGUUAUAUGGGAUGUCCAAACUAAAGUAAUUCUGGAUACUUUGAAACUUCACAAGACUGGGGUUCAAAAUUUGCUGUUUUCACCUCCUGCCUCAGCUGCAGGGUCUAGUCUUGUAUCACUUCCACCUAUAAUAUUACUGAGCGUAGGUGAUCAAAUUGGAUGGUGGGAUGUUGGCCGGUUGACUAUGAUAUCCUGUGGACAGCGACGAAAGAUAAGUAGUGGUCAGCGAAGGAGGAAACAGAGUGGUGAUUCUCCAAAGUUACCACUCAGGCCUGUUGAUGAUAGUUUUAAUGGAUGUGCAAGAACUGGAUACUUGGCAGGUGAUUGGUUAGGAAAAAGAGGACAAGAAGAGACAUUAUUGCUAGGUUGUGUGAAGCUUUUAGGACCAGAAGUUAAGAAAGUUUCAGCUUCCAGCAACUUUGCUGCAUUUACUACAGUGGAUGCAAGUGGAAUUGUCUAUCUCAUGAAGAUAUUGCAAUGAUACUGCUAUUAAAUAUGUUGGAUUUUGAAACAGCUUACUCAUACAUUAUAUAUCUGUGCACAUGUGUUCAUGUGUGUGAGUGUUAUUAUUGUGUUAUUCUGUCCCCAUAUUUUUUUUAUAUCCUAUGUGCCGUUUUAAUAGAAAUCUGAUUUAAAGUGUGUCGUAUAGAGAAACAUUUCUCAACAGAAUUUUAUUAUGUAGACUGUACACGUCUAUUUUUUUCUCUCUCUCUCUCUGGGACUUAGUUUGGUAUCUUUUAAGCUCCUAAUGAAUGUAUCGUCAGUAAAUAAUUUUUAAAAGCAAUAAUUUAUAG